UUUACGUGCAGUCUGCUCUAAUUCUUGGGAGUCUCUACGACUCAGAAUUGAGCACCACAACCUAUUUCCAGCGUCAUCAACCUUGUUUGUUUUUAUUUUAUUUUUUUCGUCAAUUAUUUUGCAUAAUUUGUGUAUAUACGUUUGUUUUUGUAUUUUUAUUUCUACAAAUCCACCAGGAUGGAACUUAAUUCUCUCCUUAUUCUUCUCGAGGCAGCAGAGUAUUUGGAAAGAAGAGACAGAGAAGCUGAACACGGUUACGCGUCUGUUUUACCUUACGAUAGCGACUUCUCCAGAAAGAAAAGUAAAUCUUCGCCCAUUUCAAGAAAACCUCACAACAAUAGGUCAUCACAUAAUGAGCUGGAAAAACACAGACGUGCCAAACUGCGAUUGUACCUGGAACAGUUGAAACAGCUUGUGCCUUUGGGACCUGAGAGCACCCGUCACACCACACUGAGCCUGCUCAAACGCGCCAAAAUGCACAUCAAGAAGCUGGAGGAACAGGACAGAAAGGCUGUUAAUGUUAAAGAGCAACUGCAGAGAGAACAUCGCUACCUUAAACGACGCGUGGAGCAGCUUUCUGUACAGGGCUUAGAGCGUCUUCGCACAGACAGCAUGGGCUCCACCAUCUCCACCGACUCUGAGCAAGAGGUGGACGUUGACAUUGAGGGGAUGGAAUUCACGCCAGGUGAAGGUGAUAGUGUGGACAGUGUUAGCGAUGGAGAAGACCACUACAGCCUGCAGAGCAGCUCCAGCGACGGAGGCCACCAUUCACAUUCCCACAGAUUACAGGCUCAUAUCUGCUAGGUUCUGCCACAACGCAACAGUGUUUGACCUCCAAUGUGCACAUCAGCCUCUCCCAGCUGGCAGGAAACAACUGGCUGAACCUCUUCGCGUGAUUUACACUCCUCAGAAAACUCUCUUUCCUCCCAGCCCUUACAUAAUGCCUUAUAUUAGACCACCCCAUCACACAGGAACACAUUGACAAGCAAUCUGCAGUUUUAGUGGGAACAUAUGUAGUGUGAUAAUGCCAUUUUGACUUGUCUUUUUGGGUGUGAGAAACUGUGGCUUUCUUCCACAACCUAGUGAGCUGUCUUGCUUUCUGCUCUCUACACAGGCAGCUACCUUUUAACUGGAAUGGAACCUCAAAAGUGACUAAACUGAUAUACCCGGCAUAGGCAGCUUCUUGUUAUCGUUCAUGCAUGCAUAAAAAGACGGCUAAUGUAAAAAAGAUGUCGCAGUUCGCUGUCAGAGCCACAAAAAAUAAGAUAAAAGGUUGUUAGGGAUCCAUGAUUCUCUAAUAAGCAGAACAAGCAGAUGAUUUGUCAUCAUCAACACUAUUCAGUACAAGAUAAAAAAAAUAUUUCUGUUGGACGAUUUUCUCUACUCAGUCCAUAUAGAAAAGUGAGUGCAGUACAUUCUACAGUUUGCCCGGUCUGCAAAGGAUAUGCAUGGUGCUAAAACAAGGCAUAUUACAAGGCAGCUCAAUAGUUUUGGAAUACAGCUUGUAUGUGUGCUUGUUGAAAUAGCAGAGAAAAUUGUUGUGUGCAUUUACAUUAUUUUCUUAAUGGCUUUAAACCGAAUCUGAUCCUUGUGUGGUUCUUAAAACAGCACGUGAUGGCAUUACAAACAAUAACCGACAACUGGAGAAGAAGUGAAAGAACAUUAGGGCACUUCUAGAAAUUGAAAGAAUGACUAAUGGUUAAUUGAAUAAUUGAAUGUUUACUAAAAGCACUUAGCAGCAACAGAUGCAAAAAAGGUUCAGUCUGAAUAUAUCACACAGAAUCUGUUUCCCUCCCUCAGUAGUAAAAGAUGUAGCAAUAAACAUGGAAAGCCAUGGCUUUCUUAUGCAGUGAAAUGAUUCUGGAUGAAACCUAAAAGACAUGGGAAGAUGAGCAGGCCUAUUCAUUUAAAUUCUCUCACUUGCUCCUGAACUAAAGUACACAUUGACCAUAAAGCAUUUUGGUCCGAGUAAAUUUUCUUAGUGUGUGUGUGCGUGCGUGUUUGUGUGUACGUGCGUGUGUGUGUGUGUGUGUGUGUGUGUGUGUGUGUGUGUGUGUGUGUGUGUGUGUGUGUGUGUGUGUGUGUGUGUGUGUGUGUGUGUGUGUGUGUGUGUGUGUGUGGCCAGCACUCAAACAGACAAGUCAAAACUGUGCAUGUUACAGUGAAGGAGUGUGAAAAGCUCUUUGACAAUGUGUUGGUAGUGCCACAAAAUAUCAUUGCUUUUAAUUUAGCUUUUAAUCUUUUCCUUGUAACUUUUACUUUUACAUGCAAUAACUUUAGAAGCCCUCUAUUUGGGGUCUACAGCAGUAUAUUUGGAAUUCAGUGUGCAAUAUUCUGUAGCCUAAGAGAUUUCUUAGCUGGGGCUUCCAACACUUUGCAAAGAGACCUAGUUUGCAAAAUGUGUUUGAUCGAUAAAAGCAAAGAAAAUACAAAAAACUAAUGUACAUUUGAAAAAAGAAAGCCAAAAGAUGUAUUGGUCACUUAAAGUGAUGUUAGCAAGUGGAGUCUAUAUUUUCUAUAUUAACUUUUGUAUUAUAUUUUCCUAAAUGUUCCUUGAUAAAAAAUAGAGAAGAGUAUAUUUAUAUAUAAAUAGUAUAAAUAUUUGAAAAUGAUUGACUACAAGGCCAGGCUUGUUUUUUUUUUUGGAGGAACUCUGGCAUUUGUCCCAAAGAUCUUCCACUGUCAUGUUGUGCCUUGGCGACAUGUCAUAUCCCUGUUCCUACCCAUGUCUUCUUGACACAUCCCUCCAACCUUGGUCAGAUCCACAACUGCCAUCCUCAGGCCUCAGAAUAGUGAUGAAUUCCAACUCUUUAUUUUCUGAAAGCCUGUUGUUUUUUUGCCUGCCCUGCAAUCCAUGUGAUACACAUCUAGAACACUGAUCAUCUCUCUCAUGGCAGCUCAUGCAGUGCAACUAUCAUCACCAGCUUAUUUCAUUGGAAUUCUUCCAUGCCUGAGUGUUUUGUAUUUCAAAUAAUGAAGUGGAAGACCUUGGGAGAAGAGCAUCAGAAUCAAUCAUUAAUGGCAGCUCAACACCGCCUCCCUCUCCCCUGUUACCAACAGUUUAUGUUUUAAUCUAAAGUGUGAUGGAGGUGAUCAUAGUAUUGGAUCUUCUCCCUAUAGGAGCUAAAAUACAGCAAUAUGGAUAUGUCUUUCAUUUUACAAGGUAUAUAAUUGUAAACAGCACUGAUUCGAUACUAUGGUGCAUAUUGUGACCAACUCAUUGCGUUUUGAUUUUAUUGUUGUAUUCAUUUGUACCUCUCCAUUGUUUUCAAACACUGAAAGAAUGGAGCAAAACUUUUUUUAAUCUACGUUUUCAUGAAGAGUUUACAUUUAUGUCAUGGAUAUACCUGACUGUUGUAGCAAAAAUAUUAUUUUCAAUGUGUACCAGUAUGUUGAUCAAGUGACAAAAAACCUCUUGCACAGAACCUCUCAUUAACAAGGUGUAGUUGGAAGUUUACAGAAUUGGAAUUGUGUGUUACACGUGAGAUUUUAUAAAAUUUUAGCUUUCAUUGGCAUUAACUAAUAAAUAACGUGCCUUGGCAUGUGAAGUCAAGCUAAAAGUCAGUUUCUUGUGUGAUGAAAGCAAUUCAUUUGAGACAGACUAUUUAUUGGCUGCAGGGUUUUUGAAGGGUUUGAAACACUAAAAUGUCAGCAGACAAAAAAAUGCAGUUGUCCAAGCAUCUUCGAUGUGUGUUCUGUCACUUUGCAAAAAGAAAAUAAUAUGAUCAAGCAGUCCACAAACCACAGUCAGAUUAAGUCAAUGCAGAGGGAAAGCUGGGUGGGAAGAAGACAGGAGUUUGGCAGUACAUGCUAUUGAAAACAGAAUAGUGACCAAAAAUAGAGAUUUGAAAUAUUACUAUUACCAUUUGUAUACACAUAAAAGCACUAAAAGAACUGUUUAUGAAAAAAGUAAUGGAGAUAUUUUAUUUUACUUUAAUUUUUCUAACUGCUCCCUAUUUUGGGAGGAAUAUGGUGUCAUUUUGGAUCUAUAUCUUUAGAUACUAGAUUUGUUAUCUAUAUUUUCUGACCACUUUGCUUCUCCUCUGCUCCUUUUUUUGUGUUCAUGUAGCAUUUUGUUGACAGGUCAGCGAGUUUUUUUAUAGCUUAGAGGACCCUUGCAUUUUGGCAUGAGUUAACCUUAAUGUUAGCGUGAAAAGGAGGAGCUUAUAACCUGCAGUGCUUGACUGAGAAGAAGGGAGGGUUCUGUGCCAGAAACCUGUGAACAGAUUUCCUUUUAGAAAACAAGUAAUAUGCAUUCAAAUGUUGUAUCAUAUUAUAAUGUUUUUUUCAUUGUGUGUGUCUCUAUGUGUACACAUAUUUACCUGGUGCUGGCUGUGUUUGAGCCCACACUUUAAGGUAUUAUGUAUUCUUGUAUUGUAAUAUAAAUAUUAAAAUGUUUUAUAAAUA